AUGAGGAUACAUGGAAAGGUAUGGACAUACCACAACGAAAACGACUUCAUGAAUCCAGCUGGAUCAUCUGAAGUUGAUCCAAACAAAUCCAGCCUACAAUAUCGUACUUCAUCCAAUUCUGGGAAUUUCCUCCUCUCACUAGACCACUCGCACACUCAAAAGUCUUCUACCACCAUCUUGGGACUUGAAAAUUCAAACAAUGAGGUCAACCACAAUUUGUUAAAAAAGAUCUUGAUAUUGGACUUUGAUGUAGAUAGCCCAGCUGAUCAACAAGCUGCAAUGGUCUACAGCGCAGUCUCAAUUCAUGGAAAAGCAAGCCAAACUCAGGCUAGCUUGUCAGACGUACACCCAAUUGGAGUUACAAAAGUCCAAAAGAUCAGACUGGGCGAUCUCAUCAAGAAAUUCAUAGCUGAUCUUUCUGCACACGACAAGAAGUUGCUAUUGCCUACAGGGUUUAUUGACCGGAACCAAGCUGUUCUCCAGGCGGUGAGAGAACAGAUUCAAGAAACAAUCAAAUCCAAGAAGGGGACACUCCAAGGAUGUUGUUUCGAAUUCCGCAGUGGAGAUGUUCCAACAAUUUCAAAGCUCUAUAAUCAUAUUCAACAGCAUUUGCCUUAUGGCGGCGAGUUUUUCGCCCCCAAUAAAAUUCCACUUAUUGCUCAGGUUCGGUUCACAUACAUGCGACUGGAAAUGAUCAUCUAUGCUCUGGGUACAUCAUCUGCUCGGGCGGCUCAAUGGGGACCAAUCAAUAAACAACUACAGUAUCUUAAAACAAAAGGUGCUGAUUAUUUCAUCGUAUGGUCCAAUUUGAUUAUCCAAAAUGAUAAGUACUUCUUUGGCUCACCAAAGCAAUUCGCUCAGCUCCGACUCGAUGUCUCUGUGCUGCCAACCAAAGACGAUAUUCAACAAGCCAUGGCCACCUCAUGCGAUUGA